AUGGCGGAGUGCCAGCCGUGUGAUGUGGGCACGUACGCCAAUGACAGCAGCAUGGCAAGCUGCCGCCCAUGCAGCGCCGGAAGCUACAGCAAUGUCCUCGGCGCAGAUAGCUGCGAGUCGUGCACCCCAGGGUUCUAUGCAAACGACACUUCCUCCACAGCUUGUGACACGUGCCCCUUGGGUCGAUAUGGGCCACAGAAAGGCCUGGCAGAGUGUGAGGAAUGUCCGCCAGGGCGCACUACUGGGUUCUCUGCCGCCAUUACGGAGGACGCAUGUCAGUGCCAGGGCCAUUUGUACCAGGGGCAAUGCAUAGUGUGCCCUGGCACCUCUCGCUAUGAAGAGGGCACGUGCAUCGGCUGUGGAGAGGGGCUAAUAUGCAAUGGCAGUCGCACCGCCGAAAUCGUGAGCGGAUAUUUCAGUGAGGCGACUUCCCCUUUCAGUGUGUACAAGUGUCUUCCCGGUGAGACUUGUCCAGGUGGUUUGCCAGGCACGUGUGCCGAUGAACUUAUCGGGGUACCAUGCACUCACUGCCCAGAUGGCAAGUCCUGGGACACCGACGGCUGCGCGGAAUGCACGCCAUUCAGCUUGGUGGGAUGGAUUUUUGCUGCCCUCUUCGGCAUGGCAGCCGUCCCCACGCUCUACUACAUGAUGAAUAUGAGGCAGACUGCCAAAGCCACCACGAUGCUGGCAACCUCCUGCGCGCUGGCCAUGACCAUUAGCAUGGUGCAGAAUGUUGGAAUCGUGGGCUACAUAUCGUUCUCGUGGCCGUCUGAGCUUCAGUGGAUGUUCGAUCUCAUGAGCGUCUUCACUCUCGACUUGCAGGCCGUUGGGUUCGAUUGCGUCUCGAGCUCACCAGUGUCCGGCUACAUGAUGACUUCUGCCAUGCUGCCAUGCGCUCUAGUGUGGCUGUUCAUCUGCCAUUUCCUGAGCCGCCUUUUGCCAACACGUUGGCGUUUCGAGAGCGGCAAGCUCAUCUCCACCAUGGGCCAGUUCAUCCAGGUCACCUUCACCAUCUACAGCAAGAUCUCGCUGUCGCCCAUGAUGUGCUACACCCACCCGAAUGGCAAGAGCGGCAUGCUUGAGCACAAUGGCAUCUUCUGCUUCGAGAGUGAAGAGCACACACCCAUGUUCCUGGUCGGAAUCCUCCUCCUCGCCGGGAUGAUCUGCUUCUACAGCUUAGCAAUUUGGGCCACCGUUGUGGCGCCGAAGAAAGCAGCUGCAGGCGAUGGCUGGUUUCUCGCCGCCACGCGAUUUUUGCUUUUCCGCUUCCGUACGGACGUCUGGUGGUUUGGAACCUUCAUGCGCCUCGGCACUAGGCUUCUGGCAGGGAUGCUUUAG